AUGACCAGUCCAACCCAGGUCCAGCUGAAAUGCACUAUCAAGGAAGCCAUCCCACUGGCCAGUGAUGUUUCUUUCAGAGCUGUCUGGCUUGUGCUCAACAACUACCAGAAUGUUCUAGCCUUCAUGUAUGCCAUUGAAGAGAUCAACAGGAAUCCUCAACUUUUACCCAACAUAUCUCUGGGGUAUGAGUAUCACACCUUACUGUAUAGCUAUUGGAGGCUGUUGGAGGCUUUCUUCAUAUUGCACACAGGACAGGAUACAACCCCUAACUAUUCCUGUGGGAGAGAGAGCAAGUCUGUAGCUCUAAUAACAGGAACAUCACGGGCAAAUGCUGUUCAAACUGGAACACUACCAGAACUCUAUAGAUUUCCGCAGCAUGAGAAGAUUGCUGGUUUUAAAACCUUUGUCCAGAGAGUGAAUCCUUCCAAAUACCCAGAAGACACUUUCCUCACUUGGUAUUGGUACCAGAAUUUCCAUUGCUCAUUAUCAGAGUCUGACUGUAUGGUGAAGGACUGUCCCCCUAAUGCCUCUCUGGAUUGGCUACCUUAUUUUGACACAACCAUGAGCGAUGGGACUUACAAUACUUACAACGCUGUGUAUGCUGUGGCCCAUGCCCUUCAUGAGAUGUUAUUUCAGCAAGGUGAAAUGGAACCAGUAAGAAAUGGGAACACAGUGGUAUUUUACCCUUGGCAGCUGCACUCUUUUCUGAAGAACUUGCAAUUUAAAAAUAUUGGAGGAGACCAAGUAAAUUUAGAUGACAAAAAUAAGGUGCAUGCAAAGUAUGACAUUCUUAAUUUUUGGAAUUUCCCAGAAGGCUUUAGACUUAGAGUGAAAGUAGGAGAGUUUUCCCAGCAUGUUCCACUUGAUCAACAAUUGUCUUUAUCAGAGGAUAUGAUAGAAUGGGCCGCUGGAAUUACAGAGACCCCACAUUUUGUGUGCAGUGAAAGUUGCCAUCCAGGAUUCAGGAAAUCCCCACAAGAAGGAAAGCCUGCCUGUUGCUUCGAUUACCCUUGCCCAGAGAAUGAGAUUGCCAAUGAAACAGACCAAGAACAAUGUGUGAAGUGUCCAAAUCAUCAGUAUGCCAACAUUCAGAGAAACCACUGUCUACCAAAGUCUGUGACCUUUCUGGCCUAUGAAGACUCGCUGGGGAAGACCCUGGCUGUCACAGCACUGAGCUUUACUAUUCUCACAGCUGCUGUUCUUGGGCUCUUUGUGAAGCACCGAGACACUCCCAUUGUCAAAGCCAAUAACCACACUCUCAGUUACAUCCUGCUCCUCUCCCUCACCUGCUGUUUUCUCUGUUCAUUUCUCUUUGGUCAUCCAAACACAACCACCUGCAUCCUGCAGCAGACCAUAUUUGGAAUUGUGUUUACAGUGGCUGUUUCCACUGUCUUGGCCAAAACUAUGACUGUGGUUCUGGCUUUUAAAGUCACUGCUCCAGGAAGAAGGGUGAGGAAGCUGUUGGUAUUGGGUGCACCUAACUCCAUCAUCCUCAUCUGUUCCUUAAUCCAACUCAUCAUCUGUGGAAUCUGGAUGGGAACCAAGCCACCCUUUAUUGGAACAGAUUCGUACUCUGAACAUGGCCACAUCAUCAUCAUCUGUGACAAGGGCUCCCUCACUGCCUUCUACUGUGUCCUGGGAUACCUGGGCUCCCUGGCCCUGGUGAGCUUCACAGUGGCUUUUCUGGCCAGGAACCUGCCUGACACCUUCAAUGAAGCCAAGUUCCUGACAUUCAGCAUGCUGGUGUUCUGCAGUGUCUGGCUCACCUUCCUCCCUGUGUACCACAGCACCAAGGGGAAAGUCAUGGUGGCCAUGGAGGUCUUCUCCAUCUUGGCCUCCAGUGCAGGGCUGCUGGGCUGCAUCUUUGUCCCUAAGUGUUAUAUUAUUUUGUUCAGGCCAGAGAGAAAUUCUAUACAUGAGUUUAAAGAUAAAGCAAGUUCAUGGAAGAAGAAGCAGUCUUCAUAUAAAAGAAAUGUGUUUUCUUAA